AUGCCCGAGCUUAACUCGGACGACGAGGUCGAGCUGCGUGCGGAUGGAACAGCUGAGAACACUGACGACGAGGACGUUGAGUCAGACGAGGAGGAUCAUCCUUUUUCUGACGAGGAAGGAGACGUUACCGCGGCUGUAGACGACGAUGAAAGUGCGCCGGAGGGCACGUUCCGACCCGAGGAUAACUUCAACACCCUCAUGGAGGUGUUCCGCUUCAUUGUGGGCUGCAACAAUGGCGCUGGGCUCUCCAAUGAGAGUACUGUGUGGCUUCUCAACCUGCUGCGGGACGAGCGUCUGGACCUGGAGCUCAUUCGACACUGGCGAACUCUCUACGCGGUCAUACGGUUCGGCAUGGCGCUGCUCAUGUCGCAGCGACAGUACGACACCAUCUCGUUCACCGUUCCCGGAUGGGAAGGCGAGUUCCAAGUGAUACGAGCAAAUGGGCGAGAGGCUUUAAUCAAGAUUCUCGGGAACCCGGAAAACGCGGAUGGGUUCGUGCUGCGGCCGAGGCAGGUGAACAGUGCUGCGGGACGGGUCUACACCACACCCGAGACCGCGUCUUUCUGGGAGCACGCUCAAGUGGCGGCAGAAAUGGAGUAUGGUGCGGGCGCUGUGGUUGUUCCACUCAUCCUCUGGAGCGACGCCACGAUUCUGAGCGGUAACGAGCGCACGAGAGUGUGGGCGGUGUACCUCUCCAUCGCAAACAUCCCGUUGCGGAGGCGGUGGAUGGACUGUGGGAAACUGCUCCUGGCGAUGCUCCCGUUUCCGCCGGCGCACAUGACACCCGCACAGAAGGUGGAACUUGGACUGUCGGCCAAGGACCCGAACUGGGAGGAACGCUUCUUCCUACCCUUGCUGUUCUCAUACGUGGCCGACUAUCCAGAGACCUGCAAGGUCUCCUGCACGCAACAGCUCGGCUCUGUGAUGCCAUGCUCUCUAUGCUGCGUGGCGCGGGACGACCUUCGAGACAUGGACCGCGAACCGGCCAAGCACCGUACGGUGGAAGAUCAGGAAGCUCUGCUGCGCGACCUCAACGAGGCGAAGAAGCACUCGACCAUUCCUGUCCCGAGCUUCCUGUGGGCCUUCAACUUCAGCCGCACCGUGUGGGGCAACACGUACCUCUCUCAGAUGCCCGAUAUUCUGCACGCGAUAUACAUCGGCUUCUGGCUGUACAUCCGAAGCGUCUUGCGCGGCAGCGCCAUGAGCGCCAGGCGCAAGGAUGAGCUUGAGUACGUUCGGUAUGGACGCUAUGGUGGCAGGCGCAUGAAGCAGAUGUACCCCGACGCUCGCCUGGCAGGCGUUCGCUCUCCAGGCUCUGGCAGCUACUGGGCCAGCGGCGCCAACUUCACAGCAAGCGAGCAUGCAUCGGCGAUGAUGACGGUCGAGGAAGUGUUCCCGCGCGAGGGCGAUGGGUGGAACCUGAUAAAGGUCCACCUUCUCACUCACGUGCCGGACGCUGUCAGGAGAGGUGGACUCCCACAGGAGUACUCCGCGGCAGUGUACGAGAACGCACACAUCCGCACGUGCAAGCUGCCCUACAGAACCUCCAAUCACCGCCAGCCUCUGCAGGCCAUCGCCGCCCACAACGUGCGCGCUUCUGCGAUGGGCGAGCUGACCUCUGCUCUCCCAGCACGCAGGCGCAACCAGACCGCGCUGACCCGGGCGAUCGCCACGGGCACCCCACAGUUGACGCUCGCGCGGAGGUCCCUGACUGCACGGCCCGACCACGAGAGCAGCGCGGCGUCAGUCUUUGAGGACAUCAACCUGGCGGUGGGCGGCCUGCUGUACUACUACGACACCGCGAUGCGCAACGCUGGGCUGAGGCCGUUUCCGGCGUGGGCGCACACGGCGGUGGCGCUGCCGGCCUUCCCCACUGACUAUGGGCACAUCCGGCCCCACUACGCACGGGCCGCUGCAUCUCUGCAUGGCCACAUGGCCUUCUCCUGCGUGGAGUACCUGUCCUCUGCUGGCCGUACCGUGUACGGCCGACUGAUCCUGCUGCUGGAUGCAGAGAGGCCGCUGGACGAUAGCAGCUACGAGCCUGCAGAGGUGGCUGUGCUGCAGCGGCUGAGCCAGCAGGGGCUCGAUGAGUGCACGGGCUGCGAGGUGCUUGGCCCGCCAUCGCUGUAUCGCGGGCUGACUGUCGUCCCCAUCGACCGGCUCCAGCGCGCCGUGCACUGCGUCCCUUCUUUCGAGCAGAAGGACGUGUGGUUCCUGAACAAGUGGGCCUAUUUGGUGAAUCAGGAAGUGGAGUAG